AUGCAAAACAUUCAACUGCAUGUCUCAAAGUUUAUUGCACGUAUGGAUAUUGGUCAUAAUGCCAUAUCCCUCUUGUAUCCAUAUUUCCCGGAGUGACGAGGCAUAGGCCCCCUGGACAUGGCGUUAUUUCGCUAACACCGCACAUGAGGACAGACAGGCUUUGAAAUCGAACCCACCGAUGCAUAGAACCACAACAGAUAGCUCACUAUGGAUCGUCCGCGGAUUGGCCUAGGGCAACUGGCCACUGCCUUCAUCACCCUGGUCCUCGUAACCUUCUUGGCUUGCUUCUCAAUCGUUGGAACUGGUAACAUGUACGACAAUCGCCACAUCCACGCCUUGCGAGAAAUGGUUCGCCGGCCUUCAGAGUCAAACCUUGAGAAAGUUAGCCGCCAGAGCCGAGAGCUUCAAGGAGGAGAGUCAACUGGCUUUUCUUUGGGUACCGCGGAUGAACAAGAGUUACCAAGAACGAAUCUCGCCGAUCCGGAAAAUUAUAACUUUGUUCAGUUCAUUAAAGAAUCGAAAUCAUUAUCGCGCAUCCCGUUGAAUUCUGUCUCUCCAGUCGCAAAAAGAAUUUUCGAAAAGACAGACUGUAACCUCCCCGAUUUAGUUUAUCCGACGCCGAUACUUAAAAAGAACGCGGAGGACUCUGUCCCUAGGAUUUUGCAUCUAACUUGGAAAUCGGAGUUAUUGCCGGGGUUGUCUGUGCAAUGGGUAAAACAAUGGAAGCGAACGAACCCAGACUGGCAAGUGUGGUAUUGGACUGACACCCAGGCCAAGGCAUUUGUUUCGAAAUACUUCCCCACCUACACCGUGUUCAGGCGUUACAAAGCCGCCAUUGAACGCGCGGAUGCCAUACGAUAUUUUGUCUUGUACCACUAUGGCGGCGUGUACGCUGAUCUUGACAUUGAACCCCUGGUGUCAUUGAACCCUAUUGUUGAUAAAUACACAUGUUUCCUUAGUCAGGAACCCGACGAACAUUCUCAGUUACUGAGGCCAUAUUUUCUUAACAAGUUCCGAUACUUGGCAUGUAAUGCAGUAAUGGCUUGUCGAAAAAAUCACCCGUAUUUUAAAUACGUGAUAGACAAUUUAGCCAGGAAUCUUGCACAUCAAAAGGUUACUGUUGGUCGGACUGGGCCGUUUAUGUUGUCACAAAUGCACGUGGAAUACGUGGAGAAGUUUACCAAAGCUCAAUGUGAUGAUCCAAACCAAAGGAUAGGAAUCAUGCCUACCGAAUUGUUUAUUCCUACAUUUGAUUCCUUGCAAAUAGAAACGAUGAAAAGAAUGUGCAAAAAUCAGGUGAAGUUGCUUCCAGGGCAGCAGCGCGUCUGCACAGACCUAAGAGAAAGACAAUAUACAAAUCAGGCGUACGACGUUUCUUUUACAGUUCACCAUUGGUUUCAUACGUGGACAAAGCUGGGACACGCGGAGUAUUUCAAAAAAGGAUUCACCUUCAAUAGCACCCAUAUAAACAACGUUUUACCUGAUGCGAAAAUAAUCAUUGUUUAGUUCUUUGCUCUGGUGCUGGUUUGAGGGUCUGUGCGCUUCAUCCAAUGGCAAAUCGAAUUUUGCAAAACGGAACGUUCCUACCUCGUCGGCAGGUGAUUAUUACCUAGUUUAAGUUGUGCACUGUCACCUACACAUUAUCCGUGCAAAACAUCCUCAUGUCAGUACUGCAGCGACGUCUUGGGAGUCCUCAAAGGGAGCGAUGAAGCAUGUUUCGUUCCGCAAAAUAACAUUGGUCAUUUAGACAAUCAGUAUUUGCGAUUGUUGCGGUUUUGGCCUCACAACUUAUACCUGAGCGAUGUUUUGCUGUCAAACAGGACAUCACUUUGUAAGGUGAACGAUUGUAUAGUGUCCUGAAACGUACAUGUAUGAUUCGACUGCAUGAAAGACAUGAUGACACUGUGAAAUGUAUUUGUUCAUUGUUAAAAAAAGCGAAAUCUAUAAUUCUGUCCGACAUGUCCGACACAAAAACUGCUUUCUGCCGGUUGUCAGGCUCUAUCGGGUUCAAACAUUGAUAACUGUUCUGUUAUAUAUACAUAUAUGUAGAUAUGUAGUCCUCGUCAAUAGCUGCAGUAGUUUUUCUGACGGGAGGAUUCCGCCGUUGUUAACGGUACUAUAUUGUUACAAGAUGUAUUUUGCAAACUUCUUGAGCCACUGUGGUGAGAGGUGGAGUGCAUGUUUUACCUUGUUUGAAUAAAAUAUUUCACAAAGUGUUGAACAUA